CUAAUUAUUGCAAGAAAGAAGAUGCAAGCAAGACUUCUUGAUGGAAGCCCGCCAGGGACUCAAGCAACGUGUACACCUAAUAGUUGGACAUCAGGCAAAGUCUUCUUAGAGCAAGUGAGGCCAACAUCAGACAUCAAGAUCCUAUUACUAUUAGGCACCCAUGAAAGCGACAAAUACUACCCUGCACGUCGUUCUCAGCUUCAAGACGACGUUAAUAUGUAUGCUGAAGACCGACCGUGCACUCCUAUGGGAUCUGACACUAAAAAAGAAACCCACGACAAUUAUGCUCCCACCGCGUCACCUGAACCUGGAUGUCCUAUGACCUACUGUAGUCGUUCAGUUUUAAGACCUAUUCCUCAGCCUGCUAGACCAACAACAAAACGUAAACAGAAGUUACAAAGAUCUAAUUGACAUACAAGUACUCCAGAAAAGGAAGAGCAGAAACAGAUAUUUGAAACAGCAAAAAAGCGUG